AUGGAGAAGCCUGUUGAAGAUGGCGAUGACGAAGAGGGAGAGGACAAGGGAGGAUAUAAGGAGGGCGAGGACGAACAUGGCCAUGAUCACGGGGACGGUGGCGACGACGUAAGCCGCAAAGAUGAGAGCCGCAAAGACGAGAGCCGCAAAGACGAGAAUCGCAAAGACGAAAGCAGCGGCGAUUAUAACGAUGACUACGAAAGCGAUAAUCACUCGGACAAGUUUGCGGAUGCGACGUCGGAGGCGAACGGGACUACCGAAACCCUGGGGGCUGAGGAGAAGACGCUGUUACGAGCUUGGCGAACCUGCAACGAGCUGAAGCGUGGAGACCGUCAGGCCCAUUUAGUCACGGAUUACGACAACGACUUGGAGUUCAGCAUCAAGCUCUGCGAUAUAUUCUAUACGAAGGUCUUGACGUACAGGAGCCCACCGCAGUGCUCUUUCAUGGGCCUUCGGUUGACUGACGAGUUCUUGGUGAACGCCGAGGUAGUCAGCAGUCAAAUACAGACAGGCUUCGUUGACGGAUUCUUCAGGCGGGAUUAUAUUGCGACAACAAGCGUGGCAAUGGCUACCCCAAGACUCUCUCGAUCAGGCCGGCCGCCGCCGAUUCCUAUCCUACCCGAAUACUCUCGCACUGUUGGAGCGAGCUAUACUGAGGCAUAUGUGGCGACGAUCAAAGGGAAAAGCGGAAUCAUCACCAUACGAGAGCUGCAACUGGGCGCAACUCGGGCGUCGCUGGACGUCCACAAAACCAAGUGCUCCAGGCAGUCUCAAGACUCUCAGCCCAAACUUGGUCUCGUACACCUUAUGCGACUCGAGACGGGAGGUCUCCUCGACCAUGUCACCAGCGUCUUCACGAUCGGAAUCGACGAAGAUGCGGUUGGUGACGACGUUGUAGUUGACGACGUAGUUGUUGCUCUCUCCCCUUCACUCGUCCCCGAAGCUGUGGAAGAUGACGGUGACCUGGUUGAUGAUGGGAUAUUCAGCUGCAGGUAUCAGACAUCAGACGUCAGACAUCAGCUAAAUCGCUUGAAAGCCCGCGAGCCGCCUUCCUAUCGAAAAAACCCCUUCCCAGCCAUGGUGUCGAGCAUGGACCAUGAAAGCAGCUUCUGGUUUUCCGAUUGUUGA